GCCGUGACAAUUGACGUUUUAAAACUUCAUUUGAAUUUGUUACUUUGCUGGUGGUUAAAGUCAUGUUUAAAGUGAAAAUGUUGAUCGGUAGUUUAGCUGCGGUAGUGCUUGGAUAUUUCUGCAUAUCUACAGGAGGAGAACACCCUGACUCCUACUCACGCUGGGAGCUAUGUGUCUCGCUGGUGACACAUUCUUUCUAAACUGUUGCCUCACUGCAUCAAAUAAAGAGGCGGCGUGCAAUACUCGAGAUAAAGACGGCACGGGAGUUGAACUUCUUGGUACACAUUAUGACUGCAAAUACCUGCGCGACUUCUACCCAGAGGACAGACACAUCGGUAUAUACGAGAGCCGGAAGUACCACUGUAGAAUGCCACACACAGAUUGUUGUCAAACAUGUAACAGAAUAUUAAGCUGUGAAGAUGCCCCUUCCAAUGGAAUAUACCUAGCAGAGAGGUAUUUCAACUGCUCCUUCUUGCUAAAGUAUCAUCCAGGGGAUGAACAUGUUGGAAUUUACAAAGACAGGAGAUCAAUCUGCAAACAAACCAUGACCGAUUGCUGUGCAAGCUGCGAGAAAGUUGCACAAGAGAGUGAGAAAUCGUCGACGACUGCAGGGCUGUCGUCAGCAUCAACAACAACAAGAACAACAACAUCUGUCCAGUCGUCAUCUGAAAAAACUACGCCAGCACAAUAUAAAGACACAUGUGAGAACAACUGCCUAUGGAUAGCUGACGGUGCUACUGGAAGAUGCAGUUGGCUGUUUGACGAGUCAAGGUCGACGUACAAAAUUAGACAUACGUUGUGUAAUGGAUUUGCUAGCGGUUGCGAACGAACCUGCCACAUCAUUUCAGAGGAAUCUAAAAGCACUAGACAGCCUGGAUCAACAGAAACAACCACUGCAAGAGCAGUUUGUGAAGACACCUUUAUGAUGGUGGAAAAGUAUUCAUACGCAUGCAGCGAUCUUCUAAAUCCCAGUUCGAAUAUAUACAACAACAGACAGGCGCUUUGCUCAUCAGACAGAAGCUCAUGUUGCGUCACGUGCGAGCAAGUGAACAACAGUGAGAAAUCGUCGACAACAACAGCAACAUCUGUUCAGUCGACAAUUGAAAAACCUACGCCAGCACAAUAUAAAGAGGCGUGCAAUACUGGAGAUAAAGACGGCACGGGAGUUGAACUUCUUGGUACCCAUUAUGACUGCAAAUACCUGCGCGACUUCUACCCAGAGGAUAGACACAUCGGUAUAUACGAGAGCCGGAAUUACCACUGUAGAAUGCCACUCACAGAUUGUUGUCAAACAUGUAACAGAAUAUUAAGCUGUGAAGAUGCCCCUUCCAAUGGAAUAUACCUAGCAGAGAGGUAUUUCAACUGCUCCUUCUUGCUAAAGUAUAAUCCAGAUGAUGAACAUGUUGGAAUUUACAAAGACAGGAGAUCAAUCUGCAAACAAACCAUGACCGAUUGCUGUGCAAGCUGCGAGAAAGUUGCACAAGAGAGUGAGAAAUCGUCGACGACUGUAGGGCUGUCGUCAGCAUCAACAACAACAACAACAUCUGUCCAGUCGUCAUCUGAAAAAACUACGCCAGCACAAUAUAAAGACACAUGUGAGAACAACUGCCUAUGGAUAGCUGACGGUGCUACUGGAAGAUGCAGCUGGCUGUUGGACGAGUCAAGGUCGACGUACAAAAUUAGACAUACGUUGUGUAAUGGAUUUGCUAGCGGUUGCGAACGAACCUGCCACAUCAUUUCAGAGGAAUCUAAAAGCACUAGACAGCCUGGAUCAACAGAAACAACUACUGCAAGAGCAGUUUGUGAAGACACGUUUAUGAUGGUGGAAAAGUAUUCCUACGCAUGCAGCGAUCUUCUAAAUCCCAAUUCGAAUAUGUACAACAACAGACAGGCGCUUUGCUCAUCAGACAGAAGCUCAUGUUGCGUCACGUGCGAGCAAGUGAACAACGUAAAGCCUUCCGGUGUCAUAAAGUACACCGACCAAAAUAUGAUCGACAAAGGCGGGAACGUGAUUGAAAAUAUGCCAUCAGUCGCCAACGCAAACGGCUACCAAAGUGACUCUUCGGGACCUACAGACGGCGUAAAACUUAACAUCAACGCUCAAACAAAGCACCCCACGCCACAGCCAGGAGUUCAGAACAAGUUUCUAUAAAAUUAUCAAAGCCAGUACCGACAGAAUUCAUAAGGAAGAAGGAAGAAGAAGGGACAUGUUCAAUGCACUGAUUGCUAAUAUAUAUAACUUUUCUGAAAGUGCAUCAGGCAAAAAAUUGAAAUGUGAGGUUUCUUACAUAAGGAAACACAGUAGACAACCGUUUUCUGUAUUGACUCACCAGUCAAUGUGUUUCGGCAGGCAUGACCUUCCAUUUAAAAAAAAAACAAAAAAAAAACAGUCAAAUUAAAAGUUGCCAUUUUUUUUAUUAAAUUAAUGAUUAUCAUAUGAUAAUGAAGGUUUAACGCAUAGAGAAUCAGGGGUGGUCAAAAUUCAAAUCUUCAUUAGUUUUUUUUUUUUCUUUCUUGAGCUUUUUGUCUUUUUUUUUUUAUUGAAUUAGACUUUUAUAUUUUUUGUUUUUUUUUUUUGUAUAAUCAGUCUCUGUACAGCAAUAUAUGUUUAUACUAGAUUCUAGAUCCAUCUGUUACCUUAACUUAACCUUGGGGAAGGGCGGUCGCUAAUAAUGUUGGAAAAACUUGUGGCCCAACCCUUUUGCUUCAGAUUUCAAUGUAUAUUUUACUUAACAUGCUUUUCUAAUUCUCAUUAAUUUAUGUUAAAAUAACGCAUGUGUUUAACGUUAAUUGUAUUAUAAACAUUGUAUUGAUUCGUUUGCAAUAAAAUAUGAGCCGUGCCAUGAGAAAACCAACAUGGUGGGUUUGCAAGCGGCAGUGAUCCAGACCAGUCUGCGCAUCCGCGCAGUCUGGUCAGGAUCCAUACUGUUCGCUUUUAAAGCCUAUUGGAAUUGGAGAAACCGUUAGCGGACAGCAUGGAUCCUGACCAGACUGCGCGUAUACGCAGGCUGGUCUGGAUCCAUGCUUGUCGCAAACCCACUAUGUUGGUUUUCUCAUGACGCGGCUCAAUUAUGUUUAAACUAUUAAUGCAUAGCAACACUCUAGAGGCAAUAUCUACAAGAAGACAACAGCAUAUGUUUAUUUAAUGGCUUGUCGGUCGAUAGUCAAUAAUAUUUGUCACCGAGAGGGCAAGGUUGCGGAAAAGGCUCUUGUAUGAUGAUUUCAAGCCAAAAAUGUUGUUGAAAUAGCGAUGUAUUUUGUUUAAUAUAAAUGCAGAUAGCCUCUGUUGUUUGUGAAUACAUUUGUUCAUGUAAUAUUCAAUGUUUUGUAUCACGUCAAAAAUGAAAAUUUUAGUUAUUUAUUCAUAACUUAUGCAGUAUAGUAAAUUUCUGAAGUUGUAAUAGCUGAAGUUAAAAUAAAUCAUGUUGUAACUUGUAAUUGUUAAACAGCUAAUAAAUUUUAUUAAGUAUCUUUA